AUGUCCAAACAUUUUAAGAAAUCCUUUAAAUUAUUUAAAAGAAAUAAUGAACAAGCAGAUGAAAUAAAAAUAAAUAUAAAUAGUGCAAAUAAAAAACAUUGUAAUAAUUCCGUUAUAACAUCAAAAUAUACCAUUUUUAAUUUUAUAUUUUUAAAUAUAUAUGAGCAAUUUCAUAAGAUAUCAAAUGUUUAUUUUUUUUUUAUUGGUAUUUUACAAGCAAUACCUCAAUUUACAGCAACUAAUGGAAUACCAACCGUUUUUUUCCCAUUAUUAAUUGUUCUGAUUGCUAAUGCUAUUAAAGAUGCUUACGAAGAUUGGAAUAGACACAAAACUGAUAAAAUAGAAAAUAAUAGAAUUUGUUAUGUUAUAACAAAUGAUGAAACAAACGUAGAUAACUGUAAUAUAAGCGAAAAUAAAUUAUGUAAAUUAAAGAAUUUUCUUAUUAGAAAAAAAAAAAAAGUAAAGUACACCGAAAGUAAUAUAGGUGAAGGAACAUUUACUGAGGAAAGAUCUGAUGUAAAUGAUUUUAUGAAUAAUUGUGCAGAUAGUUUUGAGAAUAUUAAUGGGAUUAUUAAAAAAAGAUGGAAAGAUAUAAAUGUUGGUGAUAUAAUUUUAAGUAGAAAAUCAGAAUUUUUUUGUGCGGAUAUAUUACUACUAAGUACGAGCGAUAAAAAUGGAAUAGCAUUUGUCGAAACAUCAAGCUUGGAUGGGGAAACCAAUUUAAAAGUAAAAGAAGCAAAUGGGUUUUUAUUUAAUAUAUUAAGUUCUGAUAUAAUUGAAGCAGUUGAAAAAGUAAAAAAAUUAAAGGGUUUUAUUUUGAGUGACAUACCUAAUAAAGACUUGUCGACUGCAUAUGGUACUAUUUAUUUUCAAAAAGAUGAAGUGGGCAUAUCAUAUGAUAAUCUAAAUAAAAUAUUAAAAAGCAAUACAGAGCAAAUAGAAUCACGAAAAAAACGAAUAUCAAGUUCAGAAAUAAGCAAAAAUCAUAGAAAAAUAGAUAAUAUGAAUAACGGAGUUGAUAGAAUGGAAACUUUAAAAAAAUUAAAAACAGAUAAUUAUUUAAGAAUACCUUUUGAUUCAAAACAGUUUGUAUUAAGAGGCUGUAAAUUAAAAAAUACAGAUUGGAUAAUCGGAAUAGUUAUAUAUACAGGAAGAGAAACAAAAAUACAAAUGAAUUCCACCAGUGCAAUUAGAAAAACAAGUAAACUAGAAAAGUUAACAAAUAAAAUGACAAUAAUUAUUUGGUUUAUUCAAAUGAUUAUUUGUUUGAUAUCAGCAUAUUACAACGCUAUAAUUGUCAGUUCAUCAAUAAAAAAUAAGUUUCCAUAUUUACCUUUUAAUUUAGAAGAAGAAAAAACACCAUUUACUGUUGGUGUUAUAUCUUUUUUUUCAUGGGUAGUUAUAACUGGUAAUUUUGUCCCCAUAAGUUUAAUUGUUACAAUGAGUUUUGUUAAAGUUGUUCAGGCUUAUUUUAUAUCAUGUGAUGAGAAUAUGAUUCAUAAGGUCCAAGUGGAUCAUCCUUUUGGAAAACAAAAGGAAAGUUCAGAUAUAGAGAAAGAAAAAUUAAGUGAAUUAAGUGUAAAACAAAAAAAAAAAAAAAGAAAUAGCUUACUAAAAAUAUCGGGAAACCAAAAUGAAGAAGAUAAAAAAUAUAAAAGUAAAUUAUUAGAUACUAAUUUUGAAUCUUCCAAUAGCUCAUCAAAAAGUGUUAAAAAAAAUGAAUUAUCAAGAGUUUUAACAUAUCAAGAAAACAAAGAAAAAAAUUACAUAUAUUUUAAUGCUGUACCAAGAACAUCAAGUUUAAUCGAAGAAUUAGGACAAAUCGAAUAUAUCUUUUCAGAUAAAACAGGAACCUUGACUUGCAAUAUCAUGGAAUUUAAAAAAUGUGCAAUUAAUGGUAUUUCUUAUGGAAAGGGUUUAACAGAAAUCAAAAAAAAUAUUUUAAAAAAAAAAAAUUUAGAAAUCCCUGAUGAACCUGUUAUGAAAUCAAAAAAGAAAACACCUAACGUAAAUAUUGUGGACGGCGACUUAUUAAAUCAUUUACAUGAUAUAAAUCAUUUUAAUCAUCCUCAUUUAAUAAACUUUUUUCUUCAUUUGGCUAUUAAUCACUCAGUUAUUUGUGAAAAAGACAAAGAUGGAAUUAAUACUUAUUCAUCAAGUAGCCCAGAUGAAGAAGCAUUAGUAAAUGCAGCAAAACAUUUUGAUAUUACCUUUUUAUAUAGAAAAGACGGUAAAUAUGGAAUAAGUAUAUUUGGAAGAAUAUAUGAAAUCGAUACUUUAGCAUCUAUUGAAUUUACAAGUCAAAGAAAAAUGAGUAGUAUUAUUUGUAGAAUACCAAUUUUUAAUUGUUGUAAUCAUGGAAAUAAUAAUGAUGUUAAUAAUAGUAAUUGUAAUUACAAUAGUGUUAAUAAUUGUGAGGGAGUAAAAAAGUAUGAUGAAAUUCAAAACGAAAAAAAUACGCAAAAAAGAGGAAAUAGUGAUAUAUAUAAAAAAAAUGAUAUAACAACUCAUUCUAAAUUAAAUGAAGAUGCUAAUAAUAAUAAUAAUCAUAAAAUUAGUGGAAAAUGUAAUUGUAAAAAUAGCAAGAAAUCUAAAAUAAUGUUAUUUUGUAAAGGUGCUGGAGAUGUUAUAUUAAAAAAAUUGGCAAAAAAGACAAAAAUAGAUGACAUAACUAUUGAAUACAUGGAAACAUAUGCUGAUGAAGGAUUAAGAACAUUGUGCAUUGCACAAAGAGAAUUAAAUGAAGAAACAUUUGCAAAAUGGUAUGAAUUAUAUAAAGAGGCUUCUCUUAGUAUAAAAGAUAGAGAACAAAACAUAGAAAAGGUAGCUGAGUUUAUUGAAAAUGAUUUGGUAUUACAAGGUGUUACAGGCAUAGAAGAUAAGCUACAAGAAGGAGUUAGCUCUACUAUUGAAGAUUUAAGAAUUGCAGGAAUUCAUAUAUGGAUGUUGACUGGUGAUAAAGUUGAAACAGCAAUGAAUAUUGGUGUUGCAGCAAAUUUAAUAGAUAAUUAUUCAGUACAAUUUGUAUACACAGAAGAAUAUGUUUCAAAUGAAAAUGAAUUAAUGAAAAAAUUAGACGAAGAUAUUUUGAAAGUUGAAAAGUCUUUAAAUUUGCCACAUUAUGAUUUUAGUGAUGAUGAUGAGAGAAAGAAAUGUUUUAAAAUUAACUUUUUUAAAAAUAUCUUUUCCAGAAAGAAGAAAAAAAUUUUAUCAUUAAAGCCAGAUAACUAUAAGAUGCUAAUGGGUUCAUUCAAUCACGUUCUAGUUGUUGAUGGCAGUGUUAUUGAUAUAUUAUUAAAUAAAAAAUUCGAAAAAAAAUUUUUUUAUUUAGCAGACAAAUGCACUUCCGUUAUAUGUGGUAGAGUUAGCCCAUAUCAGAAAGGAGCUAUUGUGUCAUCUGCAAACAGAUUAUUAAAAAAAAUUACUUUGGCAAUAGGAGAUGGAGCAAAUGAUCGUAAUAUGAUUAACAAAGCAAAUAUAGGAAUAGGAAUUAGAGGGCAAGAGGGAGUUCAAGCAUUUAAUUCUUCUGAUUAUGGUAUUAGCCAAUUUCGUUUUUUGAGAAAUUUAUUACUAGUGCAUGGUAGGUUAUCUUAUAGAAGAAUAAGUAAACUGGUGGUAUAUAUGUUUUAUAAAAAUAUUGUUUUAAUUUUUCCAUUAUUUAUUUUUGGUUCUCUCUCGUUAUAUUCAGGGCAAAAAAUAUAUUAUGAAUUUUUAUUGCAAGUAUAUAAUGUAUUUUUUACUUCCAUUCCGGUUAUAAUUCAUGCUAUAUUAGAUCAGGAUAUUAGUUUAAAUACAGCAUUAGAAAAACCCUUUUUGUAUAAAUUAGGAAUUUUUCAUUAUUAUUUUAAUAUUAACACUUUUAUUUCGUGGGUUAUUAAUAGCCUUUUUCAUGGAUGUGUUGUUUUUUUAAUACCUUUGUAUUUUUUAUCUUAUUAUAAUGUUCCAAGUCCCGAUGGGGAACCAUAUGAUAUGUGGACAGUUGGAUGCGUUACUUUUUUUUUAACAGUUUUGAUUGUUAAUUUUAAAAUUUUGUUAGAAACAUAUCAUUUGAAUAUAUUACCUAUAAUUGCUGUUUCUUUGAGCAUAUUCUCAUUUCUCCUUUUAGCUACUUCUUUUUCCUUUAUGUAUUUUGGAACUAGUCAUUUAUUAGGAACCGUUGUAUAUCUAGUUAAAUCACUUCGUUUUUGGCUAGUUGUUUUAUUAGGUUUAUUUGUUGCUUUAUCAAGAGAUUACAUUUUUAAGGUUUAUAAAAGAAAUUUCAAUCCAGAAGUUUAUCAUAUAUUGCAAGAACACGAAGAUGCGCAGGAUGGUGCAACUGAUUUUGUUGAGCAAAUUACCAGAGAUGACUUUAAAAAAGAAAAAUAUAAAAGUAUGAGAUCAAAAUCACUAGGAUAUGCAUUUAGUGAAGCCGACCCGGCUUGCAUACAAUUAAUUAGAAAACAAGAUAAAAUGAUAUAA